AUGGUCUUUUGUGCAGACUCACUCGAAGAAGUGAUUGAACCUUUAAAUAAAGGUCCUUAUCCUUCAAUUAGUUUGUUUUUGUCAUUUGGGAAUUUCAAAGACAUAGCAUCGCCUAUCGAAAAGAAAUACUACAAAGGUCAACAUUUUCACUAUCCUGUUGAAUUAAUGCUGAAAUUGACAGUCAUCAAGUUUUACCGCGAGAUACCAUUUCGCAAACUCAAAGAAAGUUUGACUCAAGAAGAUUUGGAAUGUUUAUUUACCUGUGAAGAAUUGAAAACUGGUGUGAAAAUACCGUCGGGUAAAACAGUUCAUCAUUUCCUUUAUUAUCGACUCGGUAAAGAAGGAGUAAUAGAUUUAAUGCAACUCUUGGGAAAAGAAAUCGUGCAUUAUCUUAACAAACCUGACUUCACUUCCGAACAAAAGAAUCUUAUUGUUGAUUCAACACCGUUGGAAGCCAGCAGAUAUUCAGAUGCGAAUUUUAAUUCUCACUAUAAAAUCUUCAUGUCGAAAGCCCAUAUUGUGUCAUUUUGUGGAUAUCCGCUAUAUAUGCGUUAUUCAAAUGGGAAUGACAAUGAUGCUCCAUUUGGACGUGAAUUGAUCCGUCAUAUUUCUGAGAUGAAACCAGAAGCUAAAUACUUUUUAGCUGAUGGCGGGUAUGAUAAUAAACAGAUGUAUGCUGAUAUUGUUCAGCUUCUUCACACAACUCCUAUUAUAAGUUUCCGUGAGGAUGCUGUUAUUGAUAAAUACGCAGAACCUGAUGCAAUUGACAGGAGAAUCAAUAAAUUAUGGAAAAGAGGAGGUGAUGUAUCGCUCCCAAUUGAGAAAAAAUUAGAGUUCCUCUAUAAUCUGAACCCAAUUUCAGUUGCCUCCAUGCUUGGUAUUAUUGCUUCAAAACUCGGUAUUUUAUCGGUUCGACGUGAACGGGAUGGAGAUCUUGGAAUUUAUGAAUUGAAACCACAGUAUGUAUCGAUGGUUACCCGUCUUCUUACUGCACAUUAA